CAUUUCAUUGAUGUUUUAUUCGCCUCGUGAUUUGGCCUUUCAAGUUCCAAUGUUGCCAAACCAUCUGGUUUAUUGCUGAAAUAAAUUUAAAAGCAUGAUUUUGUUAGGGUUGUGUUUCAUUAUAUUGAUAGGCCCAGCUCAUUGCUGGGACUCAGUGCAGAUGGAAGUCUUUGAUGUUGUUGAGGAAGUGAACCAAAAUUUUUAUGAACUCAUGGGGCUUGCUCAGGAUGCUACUGUAUCAGAUGUCAAGAGAGCAUACAGAACUUUAUCAAAGCAAAUACAUCCAGACAAAAGUGAUGACCCUGAUGCUGAAAUUAAAUUCAGACAGAUGGUGGCGGUGUAUGAAGUACUCAAGGAUCCGGAGAGGAGACAGCACUAUGACAAUGUCCUAGUCAAUGGCUUACCAGACUGGCGCUCACCCGUGUUCUAUUUCAGACGAGCUCGUAAAAUGUCCAUGCUAGAAAUUUCUGUCAUCUUGACUGUUGUGAUCAGCAUUGCUCAGUAUCUUAUGGCUUGGGGCUCAUACUGGGAUAAGUACAAGACUUUGGAUGAAUAUUAUGACCGGAAAUUUAAAAAAGCUGCCAAAGUAAAGAAAUCUGGACCUGAUCCAAAAGAAGAGUUCCUUGCUAAAAUAGCUAAGCCAAGUUGGAAGAAUAUACUGCCUAUCCAAAUAUGUCAAGGGCUAUACUAUGUUGUUGUUCAUGGGCCCUCCCUCAUCAAGAAGUAUCGUGAGGAGCAGAAACGAAAAAUACAAAAAGCUGAAGAAGAAAAACGAGAACUUGAAGAGGAGGAAAGAUUGCGACUAAAAGAGGAAGAGGAACGUAAGGCACGUAAGCUAGCAGCACCCAAGCGUCGCAAGCAAGCACUGCAAGAAGUACAGCAGCUCAGGAACACAAUGUCUGGAGGUGGCGGGUGUGUCGUAUACUCCCCUGACUGCCCUGUUCAGGAGCCCACAUCUCACAACUACAACACUGGUAUGUGGACGGACGAAGAGCUCUGUGAGUUCACCAAACUGUUGAACAAGUACCCUGGAGGAACUGUAGAUCGCUGGGAGGUUAUUUCUGAGCAGCUCAAUCGGGCUCCACAUGAGGUCAUUAAAAUGGCUGCUAAAAUUCGAGAGAAAAUGGCCGCUGGGACUUGGCUGCAGCAGCAACAGGAGGAACCUUUACUAGCCAAGAUCAAGACGAAGACCCGCGCUGCCGCCCUUGACGACGAAGACCUGACCAAGAGCUGCGACCAGCACUGGUCGGCGGUGCAGCAGCAGGCCCUCGAGAAGGCGCUCAAAGCCUUCCCUAAGGGCACGGACCAGAGAUGGCAGAAAAUUGCCAAACAAGUCCCCGACAAGUCUGCUGAGGAUUGCAUCAACAGAUUCAAAUAUUUAGCGGAGAAGAUCCGCAAAAAGAAGGCGGAGGAAGAAGAGGCCGCGGCGAGGCUGGCUGAUGAUGAUAAUGAUGACGUCAACAAGGAUAAUGAUGAUAUCAACAAGGCUGAUGAUGACGAGCAAUACGACGAUAACGAUGAUGAUGAGCAAGACAAUGAUAGUGAUAGCUGAAAUGGCAGUUUCUUAUCAUCUAGAAUAAUUGAGAAAGCAGUUUUUUUAUUACAUUUUUUUUGUUGUGAGCAAAAUGAUUGAAAGUUUGCAGAUGACGCACUCGUUCCAUUUUAGUUAAGGAUUUUCCUGUCAUUACAGGCGCAGUUUGGGGUGAUAGGUUGAAAAAAUGGAAAAAAAUUGUAAGUGGUUAAAUAGGUGAUUAGUUUGAUUUGUUUUGUUUCUGUGUGUAUAGGGAAUUGUUACUAAGAUUUAUUUUUUUAAACUAAUAUUCAAUCUUACUUUCUUGCUGCACAAAACCUUAAAUACUGGAUAUUCUUC